AACAAUGUAUAUAUACUUAGUAGUCUUGUUGUUUUUUGUGAUAUACUAUGUUACCAAAGUCCGAAGCAGUCGGCUGUAUGAGGUGGUAUUCCAGUACCCACCAUGCCGCAAGGAGCUACCUUUUUUGGGAUCUUUCUACCAUUUUCUAUACGCUAGUUCUAAACAUGCAAUGAAAUUAAUUACUGAUAUUGGCUACCAAACUACGGAAGCAGGUGGAAUUGCUCGGUUGUAUACUUUCAAUACAUACUACCUAGUGAUGACAGACGCUUCAGAAAUAGCCGAAGCCCUGACACUAUAUUUGAACAAGGACUACAUGUACACAUUUCUGCAGGCCAUCACUAGCAACGGAAGUGUGUUCACGCCAGAGGCAUCAAAAUCUAAGGUUCGGAGACGCGUCCUGUUGCCAUCAUUCACCAGCAAAAUGAUGGCCGGCUACGUCGAGUCCAUAUGGGCUGAGAGUGUGGCGCUGGCGGAAAGUCUGGCACCGUUUGUGGGGAAGGGGCCCUUUGCUGCGGGGCCGUACUUGGGCGCCUUCUGCUUCAACAGUAUCUUAAGAUCAGCAGACGCACAAGAUUUGAGAAAGGAAAUGUGCACUUUGCAAUUACUGGAUGACUUUCAUAGAUGCCUGAAGCUGGUAUACGAGAGAUGGGUCAGCCUGUGGAUGUACCCGAAUUGGGUCCACAGGUUCACCGCGAAUUAUGCGGAAACCCAUAAAAACUUUGUGGCCUUCCAAAACUACGCAGAAACGGCAUAUAGAAUUCGAAGAAAUAAAUUAUUAAGUAAUUCCACCUUAAAUUCUACAGGUGACCCCAGCGAAGAAAAGAACACAAAGCGUGGUUUGUUUGACGGUUUGCUCGAUUCCAAACUCCCACAAAUAGAUGUAAGGGAGGAAAUCGUGGUGCUGAUGGGUGCUUCUGAGGAAGCGGGCAUCGCGCUUGGCUUCGCGCUGAUGCUGAUGGGACAGUAUCCAGAGGUGCAGGAUAAACUUUAUGAGGAGUUGAGGGAUAUUUUCGACAAUUCAGAUAGACCGCUAGAGAUAGACGAUUUGAAGAGACUGCGAUAUCUGGAUAUGGUCGUCAAAGAGGUGUUCCGCCUUUACCCACCUGUGCCUAUGAUUAUGCGCAAUGCUGACAGAGAAAUUAAAUUAUCAUCUGGGCGAGUGGUUCCCGCGGGCGCCGGCAUCGUGGUUCCCAUCAUCAGUCUCCACCGGAACCCUGCGUACUGGGGUUCUGACGCGUAUCACUUCGACCCGGAGCGGUUCCUGCCGGAGCGGCUGGCCGUCGUCAGUGUUAACGCCUAUAUUCCAUUCAGCUACGGCGCUCGUGGUUGUGUUGGUUCAAAAUACGGGAGCUACCUCGUGAAACUGGCUUUAUGUGCGAUCCUGAGGAAGUAUAAGGUCUUGGGCACACCAGCAUCGGGACCCAUACCAGACAUUGAGAUCAAGUUUGAAGUGACACUGAAAUCUAUCAACAAUUUUGAAAUAGAAUUCGUUAACCGAAUCUAAAAACGA